AUCAAUAUCUAUCUUCUUAUUCCUUUUUCUUAUCUUAUAGUAAUAUACAACAAUAUCUUUCAGUUUCACUCUUCUAUUCUUCCUAUCUCAUGGAAAUGGAAGACCAUAAUCAACACUAUGAUAGUAAUAGUAUCACUGAUCUUAGACAACUCAUUAAUAUUGUUCCAAGAUCAACUACCAACAAUUUCCCUACGGCGGAGCUAUUCCCCGCCGGCAACCCACAUCAACAACACUAUGAGAUGAUGAUGUUUGGUAGACAAGUAGCAGAUAUAAUUCCUCGUUGUCUUCAUGAUUUUGUUUCAACAGAUUCACCUGCUGUUGCUACUACUGCCACUCCUACCAACACUACCACUAGUGCUUCAACUCCUUCAUUUAGUGGUAAUUUAGAAGCUGAAACUACUGCUUUCAUUGCUGUUGAUGCUUCAACUGGAAGAUGGCCUAGACAAGAGACUCUUACACUUCUUGAGAUUAGAUCUCGUCUUGAUCCUCAAUUCAAAGAAGCUACUCAAAAAGGUCCUCUUUGGGAUCAACUUUCUAGGAUAAUGUGUGAAGAACAUGGCUAUCAAAGGAGUGGGAAAAAAUGCAGGGAGAAGUUUGAGAAUCUAUACAAAUACUACAAAAAGACCAAGGAAGGAAAAGCAGGAAGACAAGAUGGGAAGCACUACAGAUUCUUUCGACAACUUGAAGCCUUAUAUGGAGAAAACAAUAACCCUUCUUCAUCUUCACUCCCACAAAACAAUUUUUGUACCAACAACAAUGAAGAAAUGUUUCAUUCCCACAUCAACAAACAUUGUGAUAGUCUCAGCCUCACAAACUCCACUGAAUUCGACACAUCAUCGUCGGAUGAUGAUGACAAUGAUCAUAGUACUCAUGAGGGGAUCAAAGAGAAUGAGUUCUCCAUGGAUAAGAGAAAAAAGAGGAUUGGUGGAAGAAGCUUCUGGAAGGUAAAGAUAAAAGACUUCAUUGAUUCACAGCUGAAGAAAUUGGUGGCGAAGCAAGAGGAAUGGAUGGAGAAACUCACAAAGACAUUGGAACAAAAGGAAAAAGAGAGGGUGCUAAGAGAAGAAGAGUGGAGGAAACAAGAGAAAGAAAGGUUGGAAAAAGAGCAUAAAUUUUGGGCUAAAGAAAGAGCAUGGAUUGAAGCUAGGGAUGCUGCUUUAAUGGAAGCUUUGCAAAAAUUAACAGGUAAUAAUGAUGAGAUAAUAAAGACUCAAUCUUCUUCUCAUGAUGGAAAUAAGAAGAGAAAGGAAAACUCAAGGAGUUGCUUUUACUUUGAUGAUAACAACAAUGUUGAUCGGUCUUGUUUAUAUAAUGUUAACAAUGGAGAUGGAGCUGGUUCUUAUUGUGAUGUUAAUGAUCAAAGAGAAGAACUUGGGAGAGUACAAACAAAUGAUGGUUCAAAUUCUAAUAAUGUUGUUGCGGCUGAAAAUUGUUUCCCGUUCUUGAUGAGUACUGAGGGAGGAAAUUUGUGGGAGAAUUACAACUUGAAGGUUAACAAAGCAAACCAAAACCAGUAAUUAAGGUGCAUGAUCAAUAUUAUUAUAGUCACGGGAAUCUACUCAAUCUAGGAGAGAGAAAAAUAUGGUCAAACCAUUUUCUCAAAACAAAAAAAUUUGGUCAAACCUCAACAGAAAAAUUGAAGACACAAAGUUAGUUUAAUGAUGGGCAAAUAUAUUCCAUCAAGUGUUGUUGGGGGUAUGACACUAAUUCAGGUGAGUGUCUCACGUACCUAAUUAUCAUUUAUGCUUUGCAAAUGGAUCUGGAAUUGUAGUACUUUGAUAUAUUGAUUGCAUCUUCAAAUGAUGUAAUUCAUGUAUGGUUUUUUCUCAUUACUCCUCUAUCUAUCAUUCUUUUGUGUAAUUUUAGGAUGUUUAAAUAGUGUGGGCCUUCAUUGAAUCA